AUGGAGUGGCUUUGGAUCGCCGUGGCAACAUGUGUGCUGGUGCCCUGCUCUGUGAAAGGGAACGACUGGUGGUGGAAGUAUGAGGAGGGGACACGGCACUACAGCAAGGAAGCCCUCCAUCAGGAGUUUCCAGAGAAAACUCGACCCGUGAGCUUCAAACACCCCCUGUUUCAAUGUCCGGACAUGAGCCCGUCUCCUUCCAUCCCCACCUCAGUUGAAUUUGUGAAAGCGGCUGACAUCAAAGUCAUCGCGGCUCUGGGAGAUUCUCUGACAACAGCUAUUGGCGCCAAUGCCACCACAGUGCUCGGGAUCCCCAUUGAGUUCCGCCACGUUUCCUGGAGCAUCGGGGGCUACGGGUCGUUCCAAGACGUGAUCACCUUGGCAAAUAUCGUCAAACUCUUCAAUCCCAAGCUUCUGGGCGCCGCACCGGGGAAGACCAUCCACGGCCUGCAGGGGGAUCUCAGAGAGACCGGCUUCAAUCUGGCCGUGACCGGACACAACACCUUCAACCUCCCCAGUCAGACGAGGCAUUUGAUCGACACGCUUCAAGCUCACAAGGGUCUCAACUUCCGCGAGGACUGGAAGCUUCUGACCAUCAUGAUGGGCAUGAACGACAUCUGCGAUUACUGCAAGGACAAGACUCUUUUCUCGGCGGACAACUUCAUCCACUACAUGGCGGCGUCUCUAGAAAUGCUCAUGAGCGAGGUGCCUCGGAUGAUUGUGAACGUGGUUCAGAUUCUGCCCAUGCAGACUCUGAGGGAGGUGCAGAAGCCCACGCCGGGCUGUCUGCUGCAGAGGUCCUUCUGCUCGUGUCUGAUCGAGCCGGCCGCCAAAUCUCCAGAGCUCCAGGAGCUUGUCAACAUAAACCUCGAGUUCCAGGUGAAGUUUAAGUUUUUUAAAAAAGGACACAUUUAUUGCCAUAUUCAGCGUCAGUUUCUGCUCCUCCUCAGAGAAGACUGGAGCAGCUGCUGGACACCGGGCGCUUCUUCAGCGACGACUUUGCCGUCAUUCUCCAGCCUUUUCUGAAACUGGCCGACCCCCCUCGGCUCCCGAGCGGGAAGAUCGACAUGAGUUUCUUCACUCACGACUGCUUCCACUUCACCAUCAAAGGUCACGAGGAGCUCGCCAAAGGACUGUGGAACAACAUGUUUCAGCCGAAGGGAGCCAAGUUCAUUGUGAACAGCUUUUCUGAGCCCAUCGGUCUCAUCUGUCCCCCUGUGGAGCACCCGUACAUCUUCACACGCUCCGGCCAUCCUCCUCCACACGCUCCACUCCAGACCUUAUCACAGACCGUCUUCCUUCUCCUUCUCUGGAUCUCGGUUUGAUAAGUCAGUCUUCAUGGCGAUGGUGGAAAUCAUUUCCUGGAUAUGAUGAAGUCAAACCAUGAUGAAACCAACACAACUGUAUCUUAAGAUAAUUAUUUUACCGCAAAUAUAUUAUUUUUUUUCCCUUUUUUAUUCUUCUGAGUUGAGCUGUAUUGAAUAAAUAUUUGGUAUUAUAGUUUUUAUUAUGACUAUGACCAAAAAGGAGGACGCAUAUCUGUGUAUUGAAAGGUAGAUAUCCCUUUAUUUGUCUCACAUUGUGAAUUAAAAUGAAGUUCAGAAGGGCCAUGCUGGAAUGGCAAACAAUAAUGGGUUCAC